AUUUUUCUACAAAUUCGUUUUAGAUGUGGAGUGAUACGGAAGUGAAAUUGUUGGGCUCUUUAUUUACCGUCAUACGUGCUGGGUGCUCAGUGAACGUUUUUUAAAACAUAAACAAAGUGUCUUGAGUGUGAAGAAUUAUUGCAAAAAGAAUAUAAUGAAUAAUUAUUCUUUGGGUUCUUUUGGGAAAUGGCAGCAUAAACGUCAGCUGGGUGUCGGUGGCUUCGGGAAUGUGGAUCAUUGGCGGAAUGUUGAAACCGGUCAAGAGAUUGCAACAAAAAGCUUAAAGGAGAAUCAUAAUCUCAGCGGAGAUGAAAUCGCCAAACUGAAACAACGUUGGCGACAAGAGAGCGAAUGGAUGAAUCAACUGCAGACACCUUACAUAGUGCAAGGUCUAAAUGAAAAAAUCGACAGGCCAUUUUUGGAAUAUCUAAUACAGAAACACGCAUGGCUAUCGCUACAGCCCAUCGUUAUGGAGUAUUGCAAUGAGGGUGAUUUGCGUUCGCAGUUAUUACUAGCGGAAAACACAAACGGCUUAAUAGAAUACGAGGUACGCGAAAUCUUACUAGCGCUUCGUCAUGCAAUUGAGUUUUUACACACGCAAUGUCGCAUCGAACACCGAGAUUUGAAACCGGACAAUAUAGUCAUACAUCGCACUGGCGGUAGGCGGUUGUAUAAGCUUACGGAUUUCGGUUUUGCUCGUAGUACUAGUGAGAACACGAUGUUAAAAAGUAUUGUCGGUACGAGAAACUAUGUCGCACCGGAAGUUUUAGAUACGGCUGAAUAUAAAAAUACCGUUGACUACUGGUCAAUGGGUAUAAUUGCAUUCGAAUUGAUCUGUGGCAAUCUACCUUUCAUUCCACAUCAGCAAUUAUACAAUAUAAUAAUCAAUAUACGAAAGAAAAAUGAGAAAUGUAUUGCUAUCACAGAGGAUUUCAAUGAGAAUAAAUUUGAAUUCUGUGAGAAUAUACCAUUUGAAAAUCGUAUGAGUUCUGUAUUCUUAAAAUACAUACAAGAAUGGUUAACAACAGCAUUGGAUAAAAACUACAGUACGCGUGGCACACGCAUAUCUCCCGUGACUAAGGAACGCGUUGUAACAUUUUAUACCGAGCUGGACUCGAUUUUGUCACAAAAAGUGUUGAAAGUAUUUUAUUUGCCAACAUUAACAUUUUACUCAUACGUAGUCACACCUGAGAUGACUCUGCGAGACUUUAGAGAUGUUAUUAAGAGAGACAUUGGUACAGAUCAAUUUUUUUGCAUCUUUCCAACCGGUCAUCCACGGAAUCAGCUUUCACCUACCUACAAGGCAAUUGAUUUCUUUGUGGAGGAUUGGCAAGAUACGGGCGAUGACAAUAAUCCUCCGGCAAUGCUGUAUAUUGCGCAGCUCGAAUCGGAAUACAGUGUACCCACACCUCAUAUACCUGCAUAUUUAAAAAAAUAUAUGAAUUCGAAAUCUGAAUUGCCUGAUAGUUUGUUGAAGAUAAUCGAACAAAGCACACACUAUUUGCUCCAUAAUGAACAACUUCAUUUAGAGGCUUUUGUCUGUGGCUUAAAAGAACAAGCACUUACGGCUGAACACGAACUAUUCCAGUACAAUACAGACGCAAACAAAUUAGAGCACUACUUUCAUGCGCUUACAGAAAUGCACGGUCGUGUAGAACAGUUUGGCAUGGGCAUUGAAGCGGCGAGACAAACGUGUACCGUACAGGGCAAACGACGCGACAUAUUCUUUAACGAGUGGUUUGCUAAGGCGAAUAAGUUUAAAGCAGUUAUGGUUGAAUUAGAGGGACUAAAAGUCAAAGUUAGCAAAUAUUAUAGAUCCGAGUUGCGGCGCGCCAAAGAAAUGGCGGUCAAUAAAAUUUUCGAUGAGCUUAAGCAAAAGGAUGUCUACAAACUCUUGGAGUUUAGGAGGCAUCUUGAUACUGUAUCGAAUGAACGCUUGGAAGUUUGCAGAACUGCCGUGUACAAUUGUCUAGGGCAGAGGGAGAAAGUAUUCUUGAACGAGCAUUUGAAAUAUGCAUAUUCCACCAUAAAUUCGAUGCAAAUUGAAUUUAAGAAAUUACAGAGUAUCGUCGAUAACAAUUUAAAUCAGUUGCAUCAAAUGCAAAAUGCUGUAUCACAAAGCACAAUCGAAUUUCAUAAAGCUUUAAUUGAAAUAUAUGUAAAUGGUAAUGGGCACAGUACCUACCUGUCGCAAGAUGGAGAUUCGUCAAUAAUUGUUAAUGGCACUUCUGACUUAGCAAGCAGCAUUAACGAACUCUUCCAGUACCCAGUGCAAUCGCUGAUCGACGAAGCUACAGAGCGGAUGUUGCAAAUGGAUAUUGAUGACGACAUAAAUAAGCAUAAUGAUCUCCCAGCUACCAUAGCAGAUUAAUUGUUAACUGUAAAAUGUUAACAUUCGCUAUUAAUAUCUUCGGGUUUUUUCAAAACGAUUGUUCAGAAAAUAUUAAUAGCGUUAGUUUGUAAUUGUAGUUUUUAAUAUGACUGAUUGUGAUAACAAACUUAUUUGUGCCACAUACCGACAAGUUUUUGUAAAAAACUUUGAAGUAUAUAAAUUGUGUGUAAGAACACAGCUGCCAUGCAGUUAAAACCAAAUUACAAAGUUUAUUUAAGUUUGCAAUUUUAGUUUGUCACAAAAUGAUUAGCGUAUAAGCACUCACGCAAAGCAUUCUUUGCAAAUAUUAAGAUUUUAUAAUAUCUCUAUAUAUAAGAUACACACCAUCAUGCAUGUAUGUAUGUCGAUAUGUAACAUAACUUAAAAACUCGAUCGCCUUUUUAUAUCAGUGAUACUUUUACAUAAGUGAAUGUCUUUUAUUUUUUUUUUUUUUUUUUGUAUUUUUGAAUACUAUAUAAAAAUGUGACAACUGUCGAGCAAAUCAAGCGCUAUAGCGUUAAUUUCGGCAACAAUGUUUGCCUUGAACACAUCACUUUUCCGAGCAUCGCUUUCCAAAUAACAUCACAAGAAAAAGUAAAAUCUGUAGCUCUGAGUGGCUAAUCAAUGUCAUGCAUCUCGAAUUGAGUUU